AUGGUCCAACUUUUGCUUGUGGCCUCGGCUGAGAAUUUUCUGUUUGUCACGGAUGUCAUCGUACGUUGGUCGCCACGAUUCCUCAUGGAGUCUUGGGAUACUCGGGCUCGAGCACUCUCACCUGGACUGCAGAGAGUGAGCAUUUCUCAGAUAAAUGUGGAGCCAAUUUCCCGACCUCGGAAAGAUGAAAGGAGAGCCUGA